AUGGCCGACGGCGACGCGCCCAUCGAGUGCGCGCUCCUGCCGCUCUGGGACGCCGCUGUCGCCACGCCGCCCACCGACUUCGCCGACGGUGUGCAUGACCCGCUCUCCGCGCCCGACCCGGCGGGCGCGCCCUUCGCCGUCAGCCGCUCGCUGAACGGCAAGCUCUCGCUCUGGCGCGGCCCGCUGCACUGGCUGCGCGUCGACGCCGUGGUCAACUCGACCAGCGAGUCCUUGCGCGAGAGCGACGGCGAGUUCGGCAAGCUGCUGAAGGCUGCCGGACCUGAGAUCGCCGUCGAGUGCGACGCCGCCGGCGCGUGUCGCACGGGGGACGCCGUGCUCACGCGUGGGUGCCAGUUGCCAGCCAGGUUCAUCCUCCACACGGUGGGGCCGCGCUACCUGCCCAAGUACCACAACGCGGCCGAGCACGCGCUGCACUCGUGCUACCGCAGCGUGCUCACGGUUGCGAGGGAGAACGGGCUGCGCUCCGUGGCAAUCGGGUGCAUCUACACGCAGCGCAAGGGCUACCCGAGAGAGGAGGCCGCGCACAUUGCAGCGAGGACGGUGCGGCGGUACCUCGAGCACUACGCCGACGCCUUCGACCGGGUAGUUCUGUGUGUGGAGUCGAUCCAGGACAUGUUCGUCUACGAGCGAGUGCUGCCGCUGUAUUUCCCGCGGACGACGAGGGAGCAGCACGAGUCGCGGCAGAUGCUGGCGACAAGAGAUCUCGGGCCCGAAGAUGACGAAGAAGGGAGCGACAUUUUGGCCUUCCGGGCCAUGUUAGGUGAUCCAGAUGCGGAACGCUUAGAUCGAUUGCAGCAGAUGCAGGAGGAGCGGCAGCGGCGAGCAGCGGAAGCUGCAGUCGAAGAACAGAAGCGUCUUGAGAAGGUCACGGCGAGUACAGCUGAAUGGGAUUAUGUGGCGGCACUGCAACGCGCAAAGAAGGAGGAUUUUUCCGACCUGACGGCCCUCGAGUUCUGCUACUGCGCCGGCGUGGAUCUUGCUGGACUCCCUGUGGUUGUCUAUCUCGCUGGGAAGUUGCGCGUCGACGAUAUAGACCUGGAACGUGUGCUGCUUUUCGUGUUAGUGACGCUUGAGUCUCAGCGUGCGGCUCUUACCUCGACCACUCCACAGUUUAGCGUGCUGUACGUGCAUGCGAACGUGACAAGUGACAACCAGCCGCCCAAUUCGUGGACCAAGCGAUUAUUCCGUGUGUUUACAGCAGUGGCAGCACAUCGGACUCCGAGCGAUCGCCCUCUGCAGAACAAGGGGGCGGAUUCGGUCCUCCGAUUCUUCUACGUGCUCGAACCUUCGCUUGGUCUAAAGUUUCAACUGCUUCUGUCGAAGGGGUAUUGUGACAACGGAGGCCUUUACAGCCACGUGGUGUACCUACAGCAUCCAGAUAUGCUAGACAGCAUUGCUCCAACUCUUCAGCUGCCGCCGCACAUUUACACGCCAAAGCAAGACCUCGCCGUGUCCAGGAGCAGUGUCAGUCCAGAAAGCGCAUCGCCUUAA